CCCGCCGGGCGGUUGAGGGGGCGGGGCCUCGGGGGUGUGGAUGCGGAGCGGGUGUCCCAGGCGGCGGGGAGCGGAGCCCGGAGCGCCGUGGAAAGCAUUGGACACUUUUCUACCUUGCUGAUGGCAUUUUAAAUGUAUUUGUCAAUUUUCCCAAAUUUUAACUGAAGACAGUUCUUGAGGACUAAAGUGAGUUUGCCAGUUAUCAGGCUUUCAGGAUGAAUUUGGAAAAGCUCAGCAAGCCCGAACUCCUCACACUUUUUAGUAUUCUUGAAGGAGAGCUUGAAGCAAGGGACCUUGUUAUAGAAGCUUUAAAGGCCCAGCACAGAGAUACUUUUAUUGAAGAACGCUAUGGGAAAUAUAAUAUCAGUGAUCCUUUGAUGGCUCUACAGAGAGACUUUGAAACACUGAAGGAGAAAAGUGAUGGUGAAAAGCAGCCGGUCUGCACAAACCCACUGUCCAUUCUCAAGGUGGUGAUGAAACAGUGCAAGAACAUGCAGGAGCGCAUGCUGUCCCAGCUGGCUGCUGCCGAGAGCAGGCACCGAAAGGUGAUCUUAGACCUUGAGGAAGAAAGGCAAAGGCAUGCACAGGAUACAGCUGAAGGAGAUGAUGUCACCUACAUGCUAGAGAAGGAAAGAGAGAGACUGACUCAACAGCUGGAAUUUGAAAAGUCCCAAGUGAAAAAGUUUGAAAAAGAGCAGAAGAAGCUCUCUAGUCAGCUGGAAGAGGAGCGCUCCCGCCACAAGCAACUCUCAUCUAUGCUGGUACUUGAAUGCAAGAAAGCCACCAGCAAGGCAGCCGAGGAGGGCCAGAAAGCAGGAGAACUGAGCCUGAAAUUGGAGAAGGAGAAGAGCCGGGUGAGUAAACUGGAGGAAGAGUUAGCAGCUGAGAGAAAGCGAAGCUUGCAGACUGAAGCCCAGGUGGAGAAGCAGUUGUCUGAGUUUGACAUCGAAAGGGAACAACUGAGAGCCAAACUGAACCGAGAAGAGAACCGAACCAAAACGUUGAAAGAAGAAAUGGAAAGCUUGAAAAAGAUAGUGAAGGACCUAGAGGCUUCUCACCAGCACAGUGGCCCUAAUGAGCAGCUGAAGAAAACAGCAACUAUGUCCAAAGCCACAGCGACUGAGCCUCUCAUGCUUAUGUCUGUACUUUGCCAAACAGAGAGUUUUCAGGCAGAAAGAAUCCACAGGAGCAACGUUGCCAAGGUGACACACACUGGCCUGCCCGGUCCUACCACACCUACUUACUAUUAUGCAAAAACCAAUGGCCAUUGCGAACCAGAAGUACAGACUACCAGGGAGCUCGUUGUAGGCAACAGUGUAGAAAACCAAGUGUCUCCACGGGAAAAAUCUGUGGCAUUGGCCCAAGAGAAACCAGUGGAGAAUGGUGGGUGUCCUGUGGGAAUUGAGACUCCAGUCCAAAUGCCCAGCCACCUCCCCUCCAGUGGGAGCUCACCAUCUCCCAGCAGCACAGCCUCCUCCUCUCUAACAUCCUCUCCUUGUUCUUCACCAGUACUAACUAAGCGUUUACUGGGGUCAUCAGCCAGCAGCCCCGGCUACCAGUCAUCCUACCAAGUAGGGAUCAACCAGCGGUUCCAUGCAGCUCGACACAAAUUUCAGUCCCAAGCAGAUCAGGACCAGCAAGUCAGUGGUCUACAGAGUCCUCCAUCCAGGGACCUGUCCCCCACCCUCAUAGACAACUCGGCCGCCAAGCAGCUGGCCCGAAACACAGUCACUCAGGUGCUCUCCAGAUUCACUAACCAACAAGGACCAAUCAAGCCAGUCUCUCCCAACAGCUCGCCCUUUGGCACAGACUAUCGAAAUUUGGCCAACACUGCCAAUCCAAGAGGUGACACCAGCCAUUCACCUACUCCAGGGAAGGUAUCCAGUCCUCUGAGCCCCCUGUCUCCAGGAAUCAAGUCCCCUACCAUUCCCAGAGCUGAGAGAGGAAACCCUCCACCUAUCCCACCCAAGAAACCUGGUCUCACCCCCUCUCCAUCUGCUACCACUCCACUAACCAAAACUCAUUCCCAGGCAUCCUCUUUGACCACUACAGAAGACCUUGCCAGCAGCUGUUCUUCUAAUGCUAUCGUAGCCAAUGGCAAGGAUGUUGAGAUACUUUUGCCUACCAGCAGCUAGUCCCUAGGAGGAAGUCUCCACUUUUGACAUUCCAUCAGAUUUCGUCCAAAAGCUCAGAGCCAGACUGUUGAAUCAGAUUAUGUUAUUUAUUUUGAUAGUAGCUGAACCCAUCUGUAUAAUACAUUUAGUGUAUUUCACUUUUUGUAUUUUUUUAAGUAGGAACUGAGUAGAUUGGAUUUUUAUGGCUCAUAUCUUUUUACUGAAGCUAAAAGGGCACCUCAAAGACAUCUCAAGCUCAGCAGUCACCGUCAUGUUGUGUUGGAGAAAGCUAAUUGAGUACCAGGUGGUGAUUUGCUGUCUAUUUUAGGACUAGAAUCACUCAACACUCAUUUUGAAUUAUGCAGAAGUGGUUCAUGCAGAUUUUUAUUCCAGAUGAAUAUGUUUUUUAAGUGCCUGAUAUAUGACUGUCAUAUGAAUGUGAUUCUGCAGCAAAAACAGAAACGGAUCAUUUACUUGCAGAAAAUGAGAUCCUCUGUGAAUUCUGAAUGUUGAGAAACCAACACUGCUUUUAAUCCUCUUUUACUGUUUUUAAACAAGCUUUGUGUUCUGAAACAAGGCUGAAUAAGUAGAAUGGGAAUCCUUCUAAAGGUGGGUGUGAACUCACCACAAAGCUGAGCUUUUAUAGAGCCCUUGAGAGCCCUCCUGAGCACUAAGCAGUUGAGGUGCUGAUUUUCUUGUACUUUUGAAAAAUUAAGUCACUCCCAGUUUCCUGCGUAAAGUCUUGAAUAGAAUGAAAUCACAUCUCCAUUCAAAAAAAAUGUGUUUCAUGCAUCUACUGUCAUUUAAGGAACUUCUGAUUCUGAUUGCUGUUACUUGAAUAGGAAAUGGUUACUCAUUCUGUUUAAAAGUUUUGCAACAGAAUGAAAUAUUUACUCUGUAAUCAAAAAGCAAUAACUUAAAAUUCACUCUCCUUAUAAUGUUAUAAGUUAGAAUUACACAAGUUUUACCAAAUUGUUACUUUUAUUCUCCAAGCUGCCAGCACUUGGUGUCUGUAUCCGUGGAACCAAAUUAACUUUUGCGUAAAUGGAAGUAUAGAUACAUACCCCUUUUACAUGUUUAACAUACACACACUUAAACACAUAAAUAUUAGUGUGCUAAUAUCUUUGAAGUUUGCAAUAUAACAUAAAGGACAAGCAGAAUUGCACAUUAAGAUUACCUACCAAAAGCAACUCAAUGUGGCUGGGACCCCAUCAAAGGGGAGGACUCUUGUUCCCAGAGUGAUAGAGAAAUUCAGGGUCAUCAGCCUCAUAAAAGGGCAGGGAAACUAAACCCAUCUCACAAAAUGAAAUUUGAGUGAGCCAUAAAAAUGAGUGAAACAAGCCACUCACUCAGGUAAAACAGCUGGGAGUAGGGGGAGCUGUGGCAAACUGAAGUUCCCAAGUGCCAUUUAAAUGAGGUGUCUCACUGAGGAGGCUCGUGCCUAUAAUCCCAGCACUUUGGGAGGAUUACUUGAGCCCAGGAGUUCAAGACUAGCCUGGGCAACAUAGCAAGACCCUGUCUGUACACAAAAUUUAAAAGUUAGCCAGAUGUGGUAGUGUGCAUCUGUAGUCCCUAGAUACUUGGGAGACUGAGGCAGAAGGAUUACUUGACUGCUGGAGUUCAAGGCUGCAAUAAGCCAUGAUCACACCACUUCAGCCAGCCCAGGUGAUAGAGUGAGACCCUACCUCUAAAAAUAAUAAAAAGGGCACCUCAUCAUCUCCACCUGUUUUUUGCUGUGCAAGAAUGCUAGACCACACUCUGGGAGGCCAAGGCGAGUGGAUUGCUUGAGCUCAUGAGUUGGAGAGCAGCCUGAGCAAAAGUGAGACCCCAUCUCUACUAAAAAUAGAAAAAAAAUGAGGCAAGAGGAUCACUUGAGCCCAGGAGUUAGAGGUUGUUGUGAGCCAUGAUGCCACAGCACUCUAACCAGGGCAACAGCUUGAGACUCUGUCUCAAAAAUAAAUAAAUAAAUAAAUACUAGACCAAGAUUACUAGCUCUUCAAAUUUUUAUGAAAUCUAAAUUUUCAUAAGAAACAUUCACAUUUUUAAAUAUUAAGAACUGAUUUUAAAAAUUAUUUUAAACCCUGCAGGUUAAACGAACACUUUUGCAGACGGAUUUACCUUACAGGCUCCUAAGUUGUAACAUCUUUCAUUCUGGAAAUCUGACAGUUUAUUUGGACAGUCACCUCCAGAAUUUGAAAUUGUGUAGACUAGUAUAGCUGACAGAGUCCAUAGACGGUAAUGAUUAUCCUCAGGACCUUCCACAACAUAGCUCAGACAUGGUAGGUGUAUGAUUUUAUGUCCAUAAGGAAGGCCAGGUCUUGGUGUCUGCACACAAAUUCUAACCAACAUCUCUCCACCAGUCUUUGGCCUCCUGCUAUAAGUUAAGUCUCUUUUAGUCCAAUAUGAGUUGAUAGGGAAAGGGGAGGUGAUGGAAAUCUAAGCAUAAAUCACAAUGGAAUAUACUGGUGACCCCCACAGCUCGUAGUUUGAUCAAGGCAAAUAUAUCAGAAAUCAAAAUGCUACUACCCAGGAUGCCUACCAAAAUUAUGUAGGAAAUAUUUUAAAACUGUCCAAAGCAAUCAUGCAUCGAACUUUAUUGCCAUACAUAGCCAAAAUGAACAGUGUUGAUAAAAUAGCUAAUCUUUCUAAAUAGGCGAGGGGGCUAUCAUGCCAGAGUGUUGUUAUCUCUCUUGCUUUAAAUGGUAAUCUUAAAGGUGCAUUGUGCUCUUCCUUUGUUUUGGGAUAGAUAUAUAUAGAGAGAGAUACUAUAAGGAAGUUUAUUUCUUAGGAAAUGCACUGAGUAACGUAUUUCUUUUACAGUGUAAUAUGGGGGUGGGAAUAUACAAAAGAAAUGUGUAUUUUUGCUAGUUGCCUAUCUUCUGAGAUAAAUAAGCACAAUUCUGCAAUGAAUCCAAUAAUCCAGUUAGGUAUUAUAGAUUAGGACUUAAGUUUGCUGUAGAUUGUAUGUGUGUGCUAAGUAAAAAAAUCCAUGAUUCACAAUUUUGGUAUUAACCCAUGUUGCAAAAGCUGUAUUAUUUAUUGGUCAACAGAUUGUCAUGAUGUGCAACAAAAUAACACAAGCAUUAACUAGUCAUUAACAUUUGUAAAAUCAAAUACACCAUGCAGAGGUCUCCAUAAUUUUUAUAGCAAACUACAUUAAAACAAGUUAAAUC